AGCACAUGAAAAGUAGAGAGGGAAAAAAGAGUAACAUGGCAGCACAAUAAAUUGAUGAAUAGACAAAAGACGCGUGUUUUGUCGUUUCUUCCCAUCUCUCUCUCAACUAGUGCUCCACUUCUUCUUCCCCAUUCUUUCUCCAAUUCAAAUUCUACCGUUUCUCUCUCUACAAACCGUUUUCCACUUUGAUCAGUUGACUUUUCAAUGGGAUCGUCAAAUCCCGACGCCAAUUCGCGCAAGCGUCGCAAAAUCGACCCGGAUUCCCAAACCCGGAUCCCGCCGGAAACGGGUCCGACCCGGUGGCGGACCGAGGCGGAGCAGCAAAUCUAUUCGUCGAAGCUCAUGGACGCGCUCCGCCACGUCCGCCGCCCCGGCUCCGGCGGCCACGGCGCCGUCCGCGACGCCGCCGACCGGGUCCUGGCCGCCUCCGCCCGGGGCAGGACCCGGUGGAGCAGAGCCAUCCUCACCAACCGCCUCAGCCUCCGCCUCGCGCAAAUCAACAGGAAGCACAAAAAGGCGGCGAAGCCUUCCGCCGGAAAAUCGCGCUCGAGAAAGCCGGUGAAGAAACUUCCGCCGGUGGAGAGCAAAGUGAAGGUGUUGAGCCGGUUGGUCCCCGGCUGCCGGAAGGUCUCGCUGCCGAACCUUCUAGAAGAAACAACUGAUUAUAUUGCCGCUUUGGAAAUGCAAGUCAAAGCUAUGACUUUUCUCACCGGCCUACUCAAUGCCGGCGCCGCCGGCCCAGCUUAGGUGUUUUUUUUCCUCUUUUUUUUUGUCUGUUUCUUUUGAUUAAUUUUUUUUGGGGUAAAAGUUUUUUAAUUUUCAAGUGUAUGUUAAUAAUUAAGGUUGAUAUAUUCAUGUUUUUUUUUAAAAUUUGCCUGCCGUAGAAGUUAGCAUACCCAAUUUGUCAUUUGUUUUUUGAUAUUUAUUUGACUUUAAAUUAGAAUUAUUUAUUCUUUGGGAUUA